AUGGUAAACAGACGCCUGAGGAUCCUCCUUGACGAACAAGAGCUUCUCGACCAUCAACAGUUCGCAUUCCGCAAGGGACUCGGCACAGGAAUUCAUCUAGUAAGUGACGCUAUAACCAACGACUUGCAUGCAGACAUCGCCAUGCUAGAUCAUGCCAAUGCUUACAACACGGUAUGGCGUGAAGGAGUACUUCGCCAGCUGCACCAAUGGGGUGUUAGCGGAAACCUUGGCUGCUUCCUCAAGCAGUACCUCAGUGACCGAUGUUUCAGGGUAGACAUUGGAGAUAAGCAGUCGAACCUGUUUCGGGAAGCCAACGGGAUCCCCCAAGGGUCGGCCUUGGCAGUCACAGCAUGA